AUAUCAAAGCCUGCGGUCAGACCAGCAGCCCACCAUGAGCCACGCAGCAUGUAUUUAAGAGAAAUACUGUCAGUCAGUCCUGCGGCUGAUGACAACUGUCAGCUGAAUCUGAUGGUAGCUUUUUCCAAUAACUGUCAGAAUAUUCAAGGUUUACAACAUAUUCUAAUGCCCUCCCACAGCAUUUCUGUGUAAAUUAUCCAAAUGGUGAGGAAAGCCAUAAAAGGAAAGCUUAGUUACCAUGUUUUGAGCCCAGAUUUAUUUCCACGCAAUAUCUUGGGAAAACAAAAUACAAUUUUCUUUAUGUUAUGCCCCAUUUCCUUUCCACAAGCUAAAUUAACUCCCCCCCCAAACGUGCUCAGUUUUAGAGAACCAAUUCAAGAAUACUGAGACUGUUUUCAUUUUUCUGUUACUUUACAGAGAGCCUGACACUUCUACUAGAUUAACAACAAUAGGAGAAAAGCGUUUAUCAAAUAUUUGCAUAAUUGAUUAGAAACCCGGGCUAUCCGUGGCUUCCGGAAAAAAAAGGAGCUCUGUAUCUUUAAGGCUCCAUGGAGCUGUCUCUGCGCGCGAUGCAGACAGUGCAGGUUCUGCGGCAGAGACUCAUCCUAUCGAUAAGGUUCUGAUAGCCAAGGUGGAGGAUGGGAAAAGAAUGGAGCUGUCCCAGCUACUCAAUGAGAUCAGGGCAAACUAUGAAAAGCUCCUCACCAGAAAUCAGAUAGAGACCGUGCUCUCAACAAGGAUCCAGUUGGAGGAAGAUCUAAGCAAAAAAAUGGACAAAGAUGAAGAGGCUUUAAAGGCGGCUCAAGCAGAACUCAAGGAAGCCCGACGCCAGUGGCAUCACCUGCAAGUGGAAAUUGAAUCUCUCCAUGCUGUGGAAAGGGGCCUUGAAAACUCCCUACAUGCCAGUGAACAACAUUACCAGACGCAGCUGCAAGACCUAGAGGCAGUGAUUGAAGGACUAGAAAAAGAGCUACAGGAAGUAAGGCGCGGCAUCGAAAAGCAGCUUCAAGAGCAUGAGAUGCUCCUCAACACGAAGAUGAGGCUAGAACAAGAAAUCGCAACUUAUCGCCGCCUCCUGGAAAAGGAAGAAAUCAGAUAUUAUGGUUGCAUCCAAGGUGGGAAAAAAGAACAAAAACCUACCACAAGUAGAGUUGGUUUUGUUUUACCUUCAGCCAUUAUAAAUGAAAUAUCUUUUUCAACAAAAGUCCCACAGAAGUAUGAGAACGAAAAAGUGGAAACAGUGACCAAACAAGCAAUAUUAAAUGGAAAUGUCGUGAAAGAAAGCACUGAAGCUCAUGGCACUAUUCAGACAGAGAAAGUGGAUGAAGUUAUUAAAGAAUGGGAAGGUUCCUUCUUCAAAGAUAACCCUCGAUUAAGGAAAAAAUCUGUUUCUCUUCGAUUUGAUCUUCAUUUAGCAGCCACUGAUGAAGGGUGUUUACAGACUAAGCAGGAUAAUCUACCAGAUAUAGAAGUCAGGCUUAUCAUGAGAAGAUCAUGCAGUAUCCCCUCUAUCAAACCUCCAUCAGCAGCUAAUUAAUCCAAAGACAGUAUUUGACUUGAUGUGAAAAUGACAUUAGGUUGGACCAAGGUAGGCCUGCUGACCACCUUCUGUCCCAAAAUGUAAGUUACUAAGUAUGUAUGUUAUGACCAAUGUAUGACUCUUCAGAAAAAAAAAAGGGGGGGGGGACAAAAUGUCUCUGAAUCUAAUUAUAGCUGUAUUUUUUGGACAGAGGGAGCGUAAACUCAGAAAUUUAGUACAGUUUCUAUUUUAUUUAUUCUCCAAAUAGUCUUCUUUUUCCCUUGAAAUUUUUAUCAGAGACUGUAAGCAUUAAGAUGGUUUAGUUAAGCCUUUGAAAUUUCACUCAGUGUCUGAACAUUCUAAGGAAAAUGGAAUAGUCUGUUUAAAUAUGACUGUACUAUGUUAAGAACCACACUGAGUUAUUCAUCAUUAUUCCAUGACUGGUUAUAUCUAAAAAGAUUUUUCUACUUAAAAAAAGAAAGCAAUUAUAAAUGAACCUUUAAUGAGGACUAUUCACUUAACCAAAUGUUUCCCUUUUGAGAUAAUAAUUUGCACAGGUAGAAAAAUAAAAGUUAUUUUCUGUAAGAUGUUUUGAGCAAACUAUAGAACACACCCCAGGGCUAAUUUGAUGAUUAAAUUAAUCUUCAUCUGAAAGUUUUUUGUAAUCAUUAUCUGAUUUCCAGAGAGUUAACUUUAUUCUAAGAACUUUAAAGUUUGUGUCCUCCCCCACAAAAAAAUCAGAAGUCCAGCUGCACAAAAAGAACAUGAAAGCUAGUUACUCCAAUUACUAGAACAGUUAAUCCAACCUCUCACCAUCCCAACUUUUCCAUCUGUAAAGUUAAAUGUGAUUAAUUUGAGUCUCUGAUGCAAGCAUUAAAGAUACUCUAUAAAGUAUUAUAAAUAUUUCUUGCGAACAUUUAUGUGAAUUAAGAUAACAGUAUUGUUCAAACAUUUAUGUGAAUUAAGAUAACAGUAUUGUUAUCUAAGCUAAGAGUAUUUGCAGGAUUUAUGUUUUUAAAUUGUUCAAACUCCAAUAAAUAUGGAUAGAAAAUAUAUUUGUGAAUAAGUCAAGUAUUGUUGCAAAGUUUUUUAAACAACCUAAUUUGUUUAAUACAGGUAUAUUUAAAGACCUUAAAUAAUAAAUACCUGUUUUAAAACAUUAGAAAUUUAUAGGCUAUCAAUUUUUUUCUAAGCAGAAAAAAACAUUGAGUACAACUCACCAUACUUUUUUCCCAGCUAAAGUAUCAUCUAAGGGCUACAGCUGUUAGCAUAUUAAUACAGCCUUUACAACUCUCCCUCUCUCUCUCUCUUCUUUCUUUCAACCAAAAAAAAAAAAAGUAUAUUUUAACCAGAAGAAAAUUAUGUUAAAUAAUCUUUAACAUAAUACAGGGAAUCACAUUUAAAUUUUCUUUUGAUUACAUCAUAUUUCUUUUAGCCUGGCUUAUUCUGUUUAGUGAAAGGGAUGAUUUUGUUUUGUCAAGGAUACAACAGCAUGUUAAGUGCUUAUUCUUGCAUAAGCAUCUGACCUAAAAUACAUCCUACACAUAAAAAUGUUUUCAUUCAAUAUUAGUUAAAUGCUACUAACUUUAUUAAAGCUUUGGAAAUGCAAUCGUAUAAGCUAUUGUACUAAAGUUACUGUACUAAGUAACAGUAUCAUAAAUAAAGAAAUAUAUCUAGUGUAAUCUAUACGCAGUGUCGAAAACUUAGUACUGGGCAUCAUGAAUGUAACUGCUUGUUAUAGUAAUUCCACUAUGCAGCUAUUGUGUGUAUUACAUGUACAUUUUAAAAUACAGUACUUGAAUUUAUAACAGAGUUUUAUUUGCUUUGGGGCAUUUUAAAUUGGGAUAUGAAUUUACCAAAGUAAAUGAUACCACUACAAUAAAAAAAAAAGUUGAAACAUGAACUACAAACCUGCAUUGUAUUUGAGUUUGAUACAUGUUUUGAGUUUAAUUGUUCCAAUAUUGUUAGCUCAAUUGGGGGAUGAAGAAAACUGUAACCAAGGUGCACAAAAGCACAAUUUUUAUACUUUUCUUAACAACAGAAAAAUUAAGAAGAGUAUAUUCUAAUAAAUGGUAUAUUCUAAUUAAAAAAUAAAAAUAAUCCCAUGAUCCUGGGAAAACUAUAAUAACAGGAGCCACCAUUUGCAGAGUGCUCGCUCUACUCCUGGCCCUGUACUCAGCAUCUUCGUACACAAUCUCUAAUUCUUACAACAAUCCCACAGAUGAAUGUUAUCCUCACUUGAUGGAUGAAUAGAAAUGAAUAUUCUUCAAUCUCUCUGAAAUGGUUCAAAUGCACCCUUCCAUAACAAAAUACAAAAGUAAAUAAUAAUUCCAGUUACCAACAAUUGCAGGAUAUCAGCCCUGGGACUGUCAGUAAUGACCCAUGUAACCAGGAAGGAAUCACUUAAAUUCCCUAGGCCUCAAUUUUCACACCUGAAAAUUAAGAGAAAGAUGGUGGUUGAUCAGAACUCCUAUGCUGCCUACCUCACAGAAAUGUUUGAAAUGAUAUACAUGUGAAAAUAUCUGGCAAAGCACUACUCAAAUAUACAGUACUAUUUGGAUGAAAAUGGUCACUGGGAGAGAAGAAUUUGUGAGGACAAUCAUAGCUGACGAUGAGUAAGUAAUAGUUCAAACACAAGAGGUAAAGAGAAUUUUUUAAAUUCUUCAAUUACUGCCAGAAGAGUUAUUCUUUCCCAGUGAGUUAUCCAAUUUGACCUGUUCUACCAUGAUAGUUUAAAGUACAAAAUGUUCUCCAAAGUAAAAAAAAAAAAAAGUUUAAAAUAAUUUGAAAGUUUCCAAUGGAAUCAUGUUAUGGUACAUG